AUGCCAGGGUCGCCAAGGCUACGCAACGCGACAUGGUUGCACCCUCUUAGAGGUAUCGUCUACUUCGCCUCGCGUCCCUUCCUAUGGCCUCUUCUCCGCGGUCGCCUACUACCAAUUUUCUUACUGUCCGGCUUCAUAUACACGCUUCUCUUCUUUUUCACCUACCUUCCUCAAGUCGCAUUUCUCGCCAUCUUCCAAGGCCACAGUGCCUGGGUAAACGGGGCAUUCCUCGUCCUCGGCGAAGGAUCUGCAAUAGUUGCGUUGCUAUUCGAAGCAUUUUUCGUCGAUGAGACUUUAGUAGACGUCUUCGAUGCCGUGCUUAUAAAUGAAGGGUUUGAGGAAAUGGUCAAUAGAGAACGAGUCAUCUACCCCGAUGGCGCCAAUCCCGUUCAAAGACUCGGAAAGCCGACUACAAGUGCGGUCUAUGCGCCCUUUUCGUUCAGGCAGAUAAUUGAGUUUAUCUUUUUGCUUCCGCUCAACUUUGUGCCUGUAGCUGGUGUGCCUAUGUUUUUGAUACUAACUGGAUAUCGCGCUGGCCCAUUUCAUCAUUGGAGAUAUUUUCAGCUUUUGGGGUUUACCAAGGAUAAACGGAAGCGAUUCGUUCGCAAUCGGCAGUUGAAAUAUACAGCUUUUGGCACCGUGGCUAUGAUCUUACAGCUCAUUCCCGUGCUUUCGAUGUUGUUCCUGCUUACCACCGCUGCUGGGUCGGCUCUUUGGGCGGCGGAGAUGGAGAAACACAGGGCAUUCCUCGAGACGCACCGGUUUGAGAGGGGAGAACCUGAAUAUCAUGACGAUCCUGUAUGA